AUGACCAGGAAGAGCGACCCUUUCGAUCUUGUGGGACUCAUCACGCCUCCGGUUCUCUCCAGCAUCAAGGCCGUGGGCUGCAGACAGUUCAACGAGACUCAGACCACCAGACGAUUCUGUUCCGCCACUGCACCAACUGAAGGACGCUUUAAAGACCACGAAUGCGCGCUCUUCAACGACGACACGAGCGCCACCGUAACCGCCACCAUCGAGGAGCAUACCUUCAUGGAGAUCGGUUUUACCCUGGCGGUUCUACCAAUCGGACCCGCGACUCCGUACGCGGUCAUCCUCUACUCUCCGCGAGCUCGCGUUAGCCCCGAAGCGCCAUCGGACGAUUCGCCCAGCUUCCUGGUGGUGCCGUACACGGACUACUGGACGGUGCUCACCCAGGAGGAGGACGUCUACCUAAGCGGACCCUCGGCCAUCACCUUCUACCCGUCGACCUCCUCCUCUUCCGCCUCCAGUACUACGAUCGGCAGUGUGUUGAUCACGUUCUCGUAUUCGUCGUUCGCCGUGGGCUGCUACUCGCAGGUGGUCACCUACGACUGGCUCUCGCUCGUCGGCGUGCUGGGCGGCGCGGCCGCGUUUUGCUGCGCGGCGCCAUCGGACGAUUCGCCCAGCUUCCUGGUGGUGCCGUACACGGACUACUGGACGGUGCUCACCCAGGAGGAGGACGUCUACCUAAGCGGACCCUCGGCCAUCGCCUUCUACCCGUCGACCUCCUCCUCUUCCGCCUCCAGUACUACGAUCGGCAGUGUGUUGAUCACGUUCUCGUAUUCGUCGUUCGCCGUGGGCUGCUACUCGCAGGUGGUCACCUACGACUGGCUCUCGCUCGUCGGCGUGCUGGGCGGCGCGGCCGCGUUUUGCUGCGCGGUGCACGAGAUCGUGAUGUUCAUGUUCUCCAAGUCGCUCACCUGUUGCUGUCCCGACCUGGCCAAGCGAUUCAACGACGACGAGGAGGACGACGAAGAGGAGGAAGGGGAAGGCGAGAAGCCCAAGGCGUCGUCGAGCAGGAGCGUAAAGACGACAAGGAAGGGCAUGGGCGCGGCGAAGAAGGGCGACGGCGACGAUAGCGACGACGACGACGAUGAAGACGAGCAAGAGGCGGCGGCACGGUCGCUGCAGGAGGUGGGUCUCAUGCACCACGGAUUCCACCGCGGCGAUCUGGUCGCGGCCAUGUAUGACGACUACGGCCGCAGCCUGUCGUCCGAGCGACUGCCACUGCUCUGA